AUGACAUUAACGGUCACCCAGUCUGCUUCGCGUGGUGCACAAGACUUGCCGGUUGCCACACCCUCUUCUCCAGAUCGUAGAGAAAUAGUGGCCUUUAUAAAGCACGCAAUCUCGGACGGCGAUCUCUUGCCCAACACUUCUGAUAUUAAACCGGCUCGACGAAGAGCUUUAAUUAUCGCGCCACAAUAUCGAGAACCCGGGCAAACCUUUGGUGCAUUACCGUCCACUGCCGCCGACGUCAAGCUAGUUUACGAACUUCUCGUUCGGUCUGGCUACGAUCGCCGAAACAUUCGUAUCCUCUGCGAUGUGUGGAGUUUUAACGGUCGAGCUCACCCGACUAGAGAAAAUAUUUUGCAUAGUUUGGACUGGCUAGUUGCAGGGGCGACCAAGGGAGAUUUUCGUUUUCUACACUUCAGUGGCCAUGGGACGCAACUCACAACUGACUCGUCGAAAGGAAAAGAAAGCCGAAUUCUGAACUCCAAUAGCUGGUUAAAGAUGCCCGGAGGAUGGGACACCGAACUGUCACCUAGUACAAUGCGUGGCGAGCGAAUUACGGAGCAGAUUAUAACCGAGGCCGAAUUGGUGUAUUAUAAUGAAGCAAUUGUCACUAGGAUUAGUGAGGAGAUGGAUGCAGACCUAGACCCAGAGGGUAAUGAGGAUUCGGAUUCCAUUGGAAGAAUAUGGGAUCGGGAAUUGAACGAGUAUAUAUCCAAACUCCCUGAAGGUUGCACUAUCACGUGUAUCAUGGAUGUAAGUGAAACCUCUGCCGCGCAUAAAAUCUUAUUUAUUGGACACCUCGAUAGUGUUGCUCCAGCGGAAGAAUUCUCAACCUCAGUAGAAAGCUCCAAGGAAGCGGAUUCAGGGGAAAGUCUACUCAAGCAACAACCAAAAGACCACCGCUAUACAUUCCAUCGCUGCCUUCCUUCAAUCCCACUACAGAAAACACACCUCGCUCCCCUCUCCGAGCCUUUUGUCGCCCACAAUUCCCAGCAUUUCAGCCAUCGCGUCAACGGUGGUGAACGUCCUCCCUCAAAUGUUUGCAUGGAGCGCCUGCCACCAGCGUCAAUUGUCAUGGGACUCGAACGACUGUCAAAACGGACUCUUGACCCGGACUUUUACCGAGACUUGUCUUCGGUUGGUAAACUCGUUGCAGAGCCGAGCAAUUUUCCGAACCCGGUACCUCAGUUUGUCCAGCUUUGGACUUCGUUUCAGGAAGAGAACAGACUGAUCGAAACAAGUCUAUUGGAUUCCUAUGUCGAAUUCUGA